AUUUUCUUAAUAAUUAAAUAAAAUGACGUUUUUCUUUCUUUUCCACUCCCUCCCACCUUUUUUUUUCUCUAUAAAUUAACCCUUCAAUCCCCUCUAUUACUUCCUCUUCUCCUCUUUCCCACUCCCACCUCUUGUUUUACUAAUCACACCUCUAUAUUUCCUCUAUUUUGUUCUGUUUUUUUUUCUUCUUUUUCUCCACAUGAUAUUUUCUUAAUUAAUUUGAAUAUUGAUGCUGAACAUUUUCAUAUUGUUCAUGCUUCACAUUCAUGUCUCCAGUUCUUAGUGAAAUCCUUCGUUCCGGAUUUAUCACUGAUUCUUCUCUAAGACGUAGGACUCACUUAGUUCAAUCUUUCUCUUGCUUUUUUCUCUAUUGGUUCUACGUUUUUUCAUAAUUAUAUAAAAUAGUUCUCAUUUUAUAACAUAGUUAUAAAUAUUUAGCUAUAUUAAUUAAACCAAAAAAAAAAAAAGCUAAGAUUUCCAACUUUUAAUUUUUAUUUUUAUUUUGUCUUUGUUUUGGAAUUAUUAAAAAAAAAUUGUUAAUAUUUUUAUCCUAUGAUGGCUACAUCUAGUGGAAACUCUAGUGUGUCAACAAAAUCUCAAAGCUAUGGAUCUGAGGAAGAUUUGCAAGUUCUUAUGGAUCAAAGAAAGAGGAAGAGAAAGCAAUCGAACCGCGAAUCGGCAAGACGAUCAAGGAUGAGGAAGCAGAAACACAUGGAUGAUUUAAUGGUUGAGGUGGAAAGACUAAGAAAUGAAAACAAUGAAAUCAUGACAAGGAUGAACAUGACAACACAACACUACCUUAAAAUUGAGGCAGAGAAUUGUGUUCUAAGUGCACAAAUGGUUGAACUUAAUCAAAGGUUACAAUCAUUGAAUGAUAUCAUCAACAUCAUCAACACACCUACUACUAUUACUAAUGGAGUUAAUUAUCAAAAUAAUGAUUGUUUUUUAACAAUUUCAGAUAAUUGCUUCAUGAAUCAAAUGAAUAUGUCUUAUCUUAAUCAACAACCAAUUAUGGCCUCAGCAGACAUGUUUAUGUGGUGAAUUAUUGUACCUCAAAAAAAGGAAAAAAGAAAGUUAAAGUCCAAGGUUGUUUUGUUGAAGUUGUUUCAUGCAUGUGGUGGAAUUAUUGAGUGAGGGUUAAUAUAUUAGUGACUAGGGUGAGACUAUAUUUAUUAAGAUAGAUUUUAUUAAGAUUAUAUUAGAUUGGUAGAACUUAAUAUUAAUUAGUAACUAUUAAGUUGUGUUCAAGGUUGUUUCUGUUGAUAGGUUGCUUUAGUAGUACUCAACAUUGUCCAAUAUUUUGAAGGAAAAAAAAAAAGAUGUUGUGUACUGUAAGUGCUUUUCAUGCUUGUAUGUUGUGAGUGUGCUUUAAUAUAUAUUAAAAUAUUAAUGGCUCUUUUUCUUACCAAUAAAA